UUAAGUUUUCAUUCAGAAUCCAAUAAUGCUGAAAGCCUGAGAGAGACUGAACAUUUUCUCAGCUUGAAUAUUGACUAUAAAUCCUUUAAAAAAUAUAUAUUUUUCAGUUUUUAGAUAGAUUUUCUUCCUUCCACACAGAUGUUGGUUGGAGCAGGACAGAAAUGAAUGACACUUUUACUUUUACAGCAGAAAUACAAAGCGAGCACAUCACUGAUUCUAUAAUGUUCUAUAACUUUCUAAAAUGUUUUACAGUAAAACAUGAUGUCAAUUCUAUGUAAUAAAUAUUUUUAAAAUAAAUUUGAAAAAAUACAUUGGAACCACAAAAGUUGUUUGUUAGUUAUUAACAACAGUUUACAAUAUUUGUUUUUAAUUCAAUGAAAAUGCAUGUUUAUAUCAUGUGAUCAACAGUUACAAUGUCUCUGUGAUUUAUCUUCAGUCAGUGUUAAGAGCUGCUGGUAGGUGGAUUUAGCUAACUUUGGAUAGAGCCAGGCUGGCUGUGUCCAGCCUUUAUGCUAAGCUAAGCUAACCAGCUGAUGCCUUACCAACAGCAAUAAACUUGUCCUGUUGUUGAAAGGUGCUUUUGGGGAUUUUGUUGUCACGUGUUUCAGAGAAACGGUGUGACUUCAAACCGUCAGUUAAACAGGAAGUGAAGGAAGGGAGGAGAGUUAUUUUUGUUUCAUACCUUUCUAACAAGAUCAGCCUUUAUUGAAAUUCAAUACCUGAAGCAUCAAAUAAGUACAAAUGAAUAGCAAAAAGUAAUAAAUAAAUAAUUACAAGCAUAAGAAUAAAAGAAAUGUCUCUGAGAUUGUUUCUGUGAAACCAUGUGACCACAGAGCGCCCACCCUCUCCGCUCUGUCUCCCUCCGCAGCAUCGGAGAGCUUCUUUUAUACAGUCUAUGACUCUCGCUCUGCCGGUGAUCACCACCUCAGUCUGCCCGUCGGAUCAUCCGGACCUCAGCUACCACGCCACUCUCGCCAUCCGGCCGAUCUUCGCCUCCGGACACUGCCGGCUACCCGCACCCCAUGCCCGGUUUCACAGAUCCUCCGCCUGGUUGGCUCAGCCUUACUGUUACGCUCGCCAGUCCAGAGUCAGCCCAUCUUGUCUGCGUCCGGAUCACCGCCAGUCACGCCUCCGACUUGGCUCGGUCGAAUCCUCGGGGAGGCCACGGGUGACGCUGGAUCCUGCAUUCUUUCGCACCCUGUCCUCGCCGCCGCUGCCGGGCCGCAGCAGCCAGCGCUCACCACUUCUGCCGGGCCGCAGCAUCCUCAGUCGCCACCAUCACGCCCUGGACUCUCCGCCGGACCUCAGCAGGCAUCACAGCAGCUCCCUGGACUCUCCGCCGGACCUCAGCAGCUCCCUGGACUCUCCGCCGGGCCUUAGCAGCUCCCUGGACUCUCCGCCGGACCUCAGCAGCUCCCUGACUCUCCGCCGAACCUCAGCAGUUCCCUGAACUCCGUGCUGGAUCGCAGUUGACUCCUUUCCCGGCUGGAUCGCAGCAGCUCCCUGGACUCCCUGCUGGAUCGCAGUCAACUCUCUUCCCGGCUGGAUCAUAGCAGCACCAAUCCUGGGCCAAUCCUGGAUCACAAUCACCUCUGUUUCCAGUUGGAUCGCAGCACAAUACGGGACUCACUGUGGGGUCGCAACACGUCACCAAAUCCUCAGCGGGGUUACAACUGCAGCUGCACCCUCCUUCUCAGGCGGAGGAGCAGGUUCCGGACUCCCGGAUGCCACCGGUCCAGCCUGCUCUCCAGCCAGUUAUCCCAACGCCGGCCCCCCAUCCUGAUACCAGUCGACAGUGCUCGGUCCUGCUACUUCGAAGCCGACUCCAUGUCAGGAUUCCCCGACACCGGCGCCCAGUUCUGAUGUCCAGUCGCCGGCCCCAUGUCCUGCUGGAUCGCAGCAGCCUCCUCCGGUCCCUGCUGGAUCACCGUAGCUCCUUGCUCCCUGCCCUGAAGCUCCAUCGCCGGCUCCCAGCCCUGUUGCCUCGCAGAAGCCUCCUCCGGUCCCUGCCGAGUCGCAGCAGCUCCUUGCUUCCAGCGCUGAAGUUCCGAUGCCUGGUUCCGGGGUCCAGAUGCCGGCUCCAUGUCUGGAGCUCCAGACACCGGCUCCCCGUCUUGCUGUUCAGAAGCCGGCUCCAAGUCAGCUGCCCCGUCACCGGCUCCAAGUCCAGCUGCCCCGUCGCCGGUUCUCAGUCCUGACGUCUCGUCGCCGUUCCCCAGGCCUGCUGUACUGUCAUCGGUCCCUGAGCUGAUGGGCAGGCCUCCAGAGGGGUUCCGUCCUUGCCGCCGGCCUCCAGAAGGGUUCAGCGUUCGUCAGUCUCCCAGGACUCUCAGUGUUUGCCGCCGGCCUCCCGGGACUCUCAGUGUUUGUCGCCGGCCUCCAGUAACCGUCCACUUGUGUCACCAGCAUCCUGCCAGGCCUCCGGAGGGUGUCCAUCUUUGUCUCAGACCUCAGGAGGUCAGCUCGGCACACAUCCAGCCCCCAGACCGUCCGCCCGAGGGCUACCACUUGGUCCUGGCCGCCAAUGUGGGUCUUCACCGCUGCCCAGCACCCCAGAGCCUCCGCUGCCCAGCGCCCCAGGGCCAUCAGCAGUCCUGCCUGAUUCCCAGUCAAACUAUUGUUUUGAUGUUUUCCAGUUUUCGACCACAGCACUGAGACUGCUCUUGUUAAAGUCUUGAAUGACAUCUACUUAAACACAAACAGUGGAAAAGUUUCAGUCUUGGUAUUAUUGGAUUUGACACGAUCGACCACAACAUAUUACUAAACAGACUUGCAAACUGGAUGGGACUUUCCACUACAUUGCUAAACUGGUUUGAAUCCUAUUUGAAGGACAGGAACUCAUUUGUAUUGAUUUGUAAUUACUGAGUUGGCUCAGAUUAUAGAAAACAACUAUAUAUCUUACUGUAAUUAUUCAGAUUUAUAUAAAGAUAUCAGCAGGCAACUAUGGGCCCAUACGAGCUCUGAGUAAGUGCAUUCAACAAAUCGAUGAUUGGAUGUGGCAGAAUUUCCUCCAGUUAAACAAAGAUAAAACUGAAAUAAUUGUCUUUGCACCCAAAGAAGAACGAUUAAAGUCAGAGCUCAGCUUAGUCACUAACAUUACAGACCACAAACCAGACCAGAGAUCUGGGUGUAGUCCUGGACUCAGACUUGAAUUUUAACAGCCACAUUAAGACAAUUACAAAAUCUGCCGACUGUCACCUGAAAAAUAUAUCAAGAAUUAAAGGACUUCUGUCUCAGCAGGAUUAAGAAAAACUUGUCCAUGUGUUUAUCUUCAGUCGGCUCGAUUACUGUAACGCUGUCUUUACAGGUCUCAGGUCAGACAGCUGCAGCUGAUCCAGAGUCCUCACUAAGACCAGGAGAGA